CUUGCACGUGAGGUCUAGUUGAAUGCCCGAUAAGUAUUGUUGACUCAGUAAACGAGAUUUCUUUUUUUUUUUUUUUCUUUUGGACUCCAAAAAUACCACUCAUUUUUUUUCCUUAUUCUCGCUCUUUUCAAAAGUGUAGUUUUAUGGGUGAUCAAGGUUCAAGUUAUUCUGUUUUACAAGAUAUCCCGGUGAUGGUCUCACCUCAUUAUAGACUACCGAAACAGAUUGUUAUUGAUAAAGAAUUGGUACCUAUAUCUGAAGAAGCCUUAAAACUGACCAAUUAUUCCUUUUCUGUGGAACGUCAAGCUAUCAGUAAUGUGGUGGCCAUGAGAGAAAAACAACAACAAGCAGAAAAAGAAUUGGCGGAUCGUCUAGAGGCCUAUCAAGCAGAAAAAUUACAACAGAGAAAAGCUGCAGCAAGAAAAAUUGCACCUGGAUUCUUGGAUACAGAAACACGCAUUCUUCAUCCUCAACCAUUUCACAGCAACAAGACACUUCUCAGUGAAGACCUUGAUCAUGAAAUAAACAAAACAAAUCAAGAUGACCCUCCCUCUACACAUUCUUCUCCUCAACAACAACAUCAAACUCGUCAGCAACAACUUCAACAUUCACCUUAUCAAAGAUAUAGAUCAUCAUCCAAUCCAGCUGAUUUUAUUCAUCCCUCCUAUUCAUCACUACAACAACAAGAAAAAAGAACAUCAGCACAAUCUCAUAUUGAUUAUCUCAAGUUUGAACAAGGAUUAGCACCUCCAGAUCCAUGGGACACUCCUGAAAAUGAUUUUGUAGCAUUAAGAUCGAUACUGGGAAAUCAAGAUGGAAAAGGAAAUCAAGAUCAACAACAUUAUACACCACCACCCAAUCCAUCUGCUAUGCCAACUCCACAAUAUUCUUCACCUUAUUUAAGACAUGCUCCAUCUACUAACAUGUAUCCAGAAGGACCCUGGAUUCGACCACCUCAAUAUCCAACUCCUGGACAUCAUGCUCCAGCAUUACCACCUAAACUACUCAAAGAAGAACUUCAUCCAAAUGGUAAUUCACCUAAUGCUUCACCACAGAUACCACCUCCACCACCUCCUCCACCACCAUCUUCUUCUUCUCCUUCUUCAAGUCAUCAUGGAUCUCCAACGUUACCUCCUCCUUUACCUCCACUUCCAAAUGGUACUCAAGAAUCUUUGAUACAAGAACUGGCAAAUAUGGGUUUUUCUCAUUCUCAAGCUGCGGACGCCUUGCAAAAGAAUGAAAAUGAUUUGACUCGGGCUACCAACUUUUUAUUGGACAAUACUUAGAUAUUGAUUGAAUAAAAAAGAAAUGAUUAUUUUAUACGAAACCUGAUUUAAAACAGUUUUGAUGGGGAUGAUCAAAUAACAUGAGAUGAUUCUUGCACGUUGUUCCCCUUUCGUUUUUGUCA